AAAUCUAACCCAAUUCACGCGAUAAAAWAAKCCCAUUUGCAAAAUAUUAUCGCUUCAAUUACACUCACCGUCAUUGCAAAACAACCAAUUAAAACCAUCGAGUCKAAUGUAAAGCACGUUCAAAUACUUUUCUUAACUUAAGACUUUUUCUCCUCCAAUUCGCAUUUUUCGAAAAUAAAUAAUUUUGCUUCAAGAGAUGUGAUAACUGGUUCAAAUUUGUGAUCAGACACAACGUUGCAAGGCCUGUGAUGGUGACAGUGGAUAAUUUUGCCUCAAAAUUGUGCUCUAUAAUUUUAGGAAAAAAUCCUGAAGAUGAGGCAAACGAGUGGCGUUUGUUGGGCCAAGAGCAGGACGAGACUUUACUUUUCAGUUGGGUGCAAUCGAGCAAAACUCAAAAACGCGUUACUAAAAUCGGAUUAUAUUCAUUUUCGACGAAUGACUUAACUAUAAUCCACACKUUUGAGUGUGUAGUGAAUUGUAUUCAAGCUUCCAUAGAUAGUAGUAAAACUUUUCUUGCUUAUGUUAUUAAAAAAAUCGAUCCCAAUGAUACCAAAAUCUUUACGUACAAUCCUUAUUUAUUAAAAAUUGGCACAAAAAAUAAAAUUUGUGAUUUAGACCUUGAACGGUCGAAGCAAAUAUUGGUACAAUUCCUUUACCAAAAACAUUCCGUUCUAUCGGAAAAUUCGCCAGUGAAAUUCUUGAUAUUAAUUCACCAGGAAUGCAUUUUACAAUAUCAGAUAAAAAAUGAGAAUGAGUUGAAUGCAGAAAACUUCGUUUACGAAUCACUAGUGCGAAAAUUUACUUGGGCCCAGUGGGACCCAAUCCAUCAAACCCUUUACUACAUCCACAACCGUAAACCAACAAGAUGCCUCGUCGAAGGCGAAGAGGAAACCCCAAGUCUUACAAGCAAAACCUUACCGACUCUUUCAGGCCUGCAAUUCCACGAUGAUUUACCYCACGAAAGUGUGCUCAACAUACCGCUGAAUUUACCCCACCUGUCCACCGUUUCCGGUAGUUGUGGCAUCUACGAAGACGAUUGUCUACCUUUACGCAUCCAUGACUGUUCCCUUGAUUUGAUCGUUUUGACCAACUCAAACGGUUACGUCUGCGUGUGCCAUCACUACUUGUACCAACCAAUCCAGCCCACAACUGAACURAAAGAUGACGACACGAGUUUAGUCCAUUUUGCUUACUCGGUGACUGUGUUACACCAAAGCUGUGUCAUCCAUUGUGUCGUUCCGGGACUUCCCUGGAGCAAAGCCAAAACAAUACGCCCCCUAUUUAAAUAUCACGGUACUAAAAACCGGUUUUUACCCAAAUAUAAAURAUGGGUUGUAGGUGACCACAUGCUGGUUUUUAUACCAGAAGUAUGUACUCAUUUGUUAGAUAUAGGAGCAAUGCAUGAGCCUUGUUGUCACGUGAUAACAAAACCUUUAUUAACCGACGAAACGUACAAAAUGUGUCUAACAUCACUUGUGACUAUAGGAAACGAAGUGAUUAAUUUAGCGACUUUAGAUUUAAUUGAUAUGACGGUACCAACAAGUUUGCUUGUGCAAACUUUCAAAAGUAAUGCUCAUCUUGGAAAUAAAUUGUCAAUAAUACAUUAUUUGAUUUUGCAUAGGAGCGAAAUUGAGACCGUUUCAGAGUUGAUUUCAUGGCAAGCUGAGAAACCUCUAAGUUUGGGUUUGUCUCAAUUGUUGAGGGAAUUUUUGAUAGGAAGUUCGUACGCUUCAGUACAAAGAAACUUACCGUCAGACGCCAGUCACUUAGUGAAUUUAUUACCAYUAACCACCCAACAUAUGGGCAAUGAAUUAGAAGUGAGAAUCAAUAAUAAAAUGAUAUGUUUGUCACAAGACGUUCUUUGGAACGCUUCUAUGAUGUUGUUGUCGCCCCAACAACGCAUAGUUCCAUACAGAAGUGACAUUUGGGUGAAACUCUGGGACCAACUCGCGAGAAUAUCAAAAGGGAAGCAACGAUUCAGACCCACACAAGUCGUAGAAAAACUAUUAGUGUCACUCGUGUGUUACCAGCCUGAGGCAUUGUCAAGAUCCAGCACUCCGAUGUCCCCCACUGCCACUCUGGGGUCAUCAGCAGUCCUCAACGACUUUCUCUCYAUCGGGAAUCAAUGCCGAAAGUCGCUCGACGCUUUGCCCUUUUACGAAAUCGAAAGCUGCACAGCGAGUAAACAAGAACACAUAAUCUCAGUUAAUUUACGCGAACUCAGUAUGCAUUUAUUGAAACAAAGCGCUGAGAAUAAAAUCAGCAAAUUCCAAUGGCAAUCGCAAACUCCCAUGCACGUGCAUGCCGUCGCCACGAGAUACAUCACAGCCCAACUCGAACAAUCGCGAUAUUUGUGCCAGAUUUUAUGCAAAGCGGCGACUUUUGACCCCCGACAGGAGCUGGAAAAAGGAUUUGUUUACAUCGAGCAAUUACAAGAAGAAAGGCGGUAUAUUUUGUUUACWAUACUGGAACGAUAUUAUCUCUCAGUUGAGUCAAUUGCGUUUCCGCUACCUCAGGGUUUUACUUCGUUUUUUGCCUUUUUGGGGUACAAAACUCUAAGUUUUGAUAUGUUUUUGCAAUACAUUCAACGCAAUGUUCUCGAGUUGCAAGUCGACGUUAUGAAAAUUAUUAUGGCGGAUAUUGAUAAUUGUAAAAAUGGUUUACACAAGAAAUUAAAACUCUUGACUUUACUACCGAGAUCAAGGGCUAAAAGGCUCUUAAAUCAAUGGAAUCACCCUGUGAGUCUCAUGUUGAGGGCUAGGGAACAUGCUUUYAAUGUSUUAUCGGGGGUUGAYACUGGAACAGCACGMUUACACGGAAUUCAGAAAAAUAAAGCUUUCAGAGGUCUGACUGCGUUUCCGUCAGGUGARAGGUUAUCACCAUUGGACACAUUUCUUGAUUUGCUUACAGCCAAAGCAAGUUUAACAGAAUUGGACUUUGGGUUGUUAAUUGAAGCAACAGAAACGUCUACAGAAGAAUUUCUGUAAUUUUAUUCCCAAUAAAAUAACAUGCAUUUUUAUGUGAUUCAAUUGUAAAAGGGAUUAUAUGUGACCCAGUGAGCCCUAUUUUGUUGUUUUUCUGAUUCAUGUGUCGUAAAUAUAGAUUUGUAAACAUCUGA